CCCCCCCCAGGACCCCCCGGGGAGCCCCGAGAGCGACCCCAGGGGGGGGAUGGGCAGGUUCUCCGCCCCGAAGUGGGCGUGGCCGUGGCUGGAGGCGCGGUGGGCGGGGCUCCGGCCCUGGGGGGCGUUCCUGGCGCGCGGCCGCUUCGGGGUCCCGCGGGAUUUGGGGGAGCUCGGGCGGCGCCUGGCGCACAACGGGGAGCGGUUCCAGAGCAACUACCUGCUGCUCUUCCUGGGGCUGCUCCUCUACUGCCUGCUCAGCUCCCCGCUGCUCCUCGUCGCUCUCUCCGUUCUCGUCGCCGCCGUCGUCGCCGUGCGGAGCCGGGAGGCGCCGCUGGUGCUGCUGGGUCCUUACUGGUUUUUACUGGUUUUCCCCGGCGGUAUAUUUGGUUAG